UUGUUAUCGAUCAGUCUUUUCAAAUUUAUUAAUGAGUACAAUCGUUUUUUAAAAGUGAAAGUUUCAGACCAUGUCGUGCAAAAAUUGUUUACAAAGGGGUUGAGCUUUUUAAACAAAAUUCUUGUAGCUCAAGACAAGGUGGUAGUAAUCAAAGGCGAUGGAUGUUUUGCCAAGAUUGGACGACGCGGUGGAGACCAGGUUCUUGCGCUUAUUCGACAUUCGUUUCAGGUAGGAUUUGCUGUUCAUGAAAUUGGGCAUGCUCUCGGAUUUUUCCACACAAUGUCACGAUUUGAUCGCGACAAAUACAUUAGAAUCAUCGUAGAUAAUCUUGAUACUUAUGGAAUGAUUUCGCAGUCCUGGACGAGGCUUACACUGAGGUCUAUGGACUCAGUACCGUUUUAUCAAAAGACGAUGGGAUCUGAAAUUAUUUCCUUCUCCGAUAUCUUCGUGAUAAACCAACAUUACAAAUGCGAACAUGACAAAACAUGGGAAAAUAGGAAUCAUUUAGCAAAAUGCGACAUGGGAUUUCCUCAUCCUCGAAACUGUUCCAUAUGUAUUUGUCCGGGAGGCUACGGUGGCGCUCUCUGUGAUCAGAGGGUAAGAAAAAGCAUUAAGAAAAGGGUGAAAACAAGUCCAACAGGAUGUGGGAAAGAUCUCGCGGCAACAACUGAGAAGCAAAUUGUCAAUCAAAGACUAGGCAGUGGAUCCGACCUUAGGGAAGAUGUGGAUUAUAAAUGCAUUCAGGCUCCUGAAGGGAAAAAAAUCGAAGUAGACGUUCUGUCGAUGUCUCGUGGUUACGAUAAAGGUGGAUUACUCGAUAAUUUCUCAAUUAUUAGCACAAACUCUCAUGUUUUCUCUCCCAGGUUUUGCUCGAGCAGAGGCACCUGGAGUGCCAUCGUCUCCAGCUCUAAUGUAGUUCCUGUGAUCCUGUUUAACCGCUUCGGCACAAUGGAGACGAACUUCACGUAUCGUUAUAUUGACUGA